AUGGCUGUCUUGUCUUCCACGAACAAGCCUGUUGAAUCCGUCAAUCAAAAUGCUACAUCGGUAGAUAACCUAACACAAAAUGCAAACACCGUGCCAUCUCUCUCUGAUGACUACCCUCAUGCCCCCAUCUAUCCUUACGAUGUAGAAGGAAAUGAAGCUUGGGCUGGCUCUCUUCCUAAAGCGCAGGCCCUUUAUGACCCUGCUUAUGAGAAAGACUCAUGUGGUGUAGGUUUCGUGUGCCACGUCAAGGGCCAAGGCAAUCAUAAAAUCGUCACCGAUGCUCGUUUAUUGUUAUGCAACAUGACCCACCGUGGUGCAACCGGUGCUGAUACCCGUGAUGGUGACGGUGCUGGUGUCAUGACUUCUAUGCCUUAUACCUUCAUGCAAAAAGAAUUCAAACAGAUCCUUGGCUACGACCUUCCCCAGCCCGGUCAAUACGCUACCGGUAACGUGUUCUUUUCUCCUGAGCUCGAGGUAUGUCAGGAGGGUGUUGAGUCGUUUACCAAGGUUGCCAAUGCUCUUGAACUCGAAAUUCUCGGCUGGCGUUCCGUACCGUGCGAUAAUAGUAUCCUUGGCCCUGCUGCUCUUUCUCGUGAACCUACCAUCUUGCAGCCCUUAAUCGUUUACAAGCCUGUGUACCACGGCCAUGUGGAGUUCGACGAAAACCUCUUUGAAAAACAACUCUAUCUCCUUCGCAAACAAAGCGCAAAUCAAAUUGGAAAAGAAAAAUGGUUUUACAUUUGCUCUCUUAGUCGUGAUACUAUCGUUUAUAAAGGCCAAUUGGCUCCUGUUCAAGUGUAUAACUACUUCUUGGACUUAAAUAAUGCCGAAUAUGUUGCUCAUUUUGCUCUCGUGCACUCCCGCUUCUCCACAAACACUUUUCCCUCUUGGGACCGUGCUCAGCCCAUGCGUUUAGCCGCUCACAACGGUGAAAUCAACACAUUACGAGGUAAUAAAAACUGGAUGCGAGCUCGUGAAGGCUUAUUGAAAUCAUCUAAAUUCGGGGAUCAGUUGUCCUCAUUGUUGCCUGUUAUAGAACGUGGUGGCUCCGAUUCUGCUGCCUUUGACAAUGUGUUAGAGUUACUUUGCGUUAAUGGUACGGUUUCUUUGCCUGAGGCUGUCAUGAUGUUGAUUCCAGAAGCUUGGCAAAAUGACAAUAGUCUCACCGACGAAAAAGCUGCUUUUUAUGAAUGGGUGGCUUGCCAAAUGGAGCCCUGGGAUGGCCCUGCUUUGUUCAUUUUUGCCGAUGGUCGUUAUUGCGGUGCCAAUCUUGAUCGCAACGGUUUACGCCCUUGCCGUUAUUAUUUGACUUCUGACGAUAUGAUGAUUUGUGCCUCUGAAGUAGGAACUGUUGGCAUUGAGCCGGAAAGGGUAGUUCAAAAAGGACGCCUUUGUCCGGGCCGCAUGCUUUUAGUCGAUACCAAAGAAGGCCGUAUUGUAGACGACAAAGAGCUCAAGCACAAUAUUGCAAAUCGGUAUGAUUUCCGUAGUUGGAUCGAUCAAGAACUUUUGGAUAUGAAUAACAUAGUAGAUACUUUGGUUGGAGAUAGCAACAUUGAUCUUACUCCCAACAUUAAUAGCGAAGCUCUUGGUGAUGACAAGCAGCUCUUAGCUUUUGGCUAUAAUUUAGAGCAAAUUAAUAUGGUCAUUGCACCUAUGGCCAAUGAUGGUAAAGAAACUCUUGGCAGUAUGGGUAACGAUGCAGCCAUUGCAUGCCUUUCUAGUGAACCUCGUCUCCUUUAUGAAUACUUCCGUGAGUUGUUUGCUCAGGUUACCAAUCCUCCGAUUGACCCUAUCCGUGAAGCAAUUGUUAUGAGCUUGCAAUGUUAUAUUGGCCCAAGCGGUAAUCUCCUUGAAAUUGAUCCUUCUCAAUGCCGUCGCUUACGUCUUCCUACUCCCAUCCUUACUUUGGAAGAGCUGAAUGCUUUGAAGAAUGUCACCCUCCUACAUCCUGAUUGGAAGGUUGCAGCCAUUGAUAUUACCUUUGGUAAAAGUGAAGGUCCAAGGGGCUAUGGUGCUGCUCUUGAUCGCAUUUGCUCCGGGGUUGUCGACGCUAUAGAAAAUGAUUACAAAAUUGUAGUGCUUUCUGAUAGAGAUGCAAACUCUGAACGUGUCCCGUUAUCAUCUGUUGCCGCUUGCGGUGCUGUUCAUCACUUUUUAGUUCAACGAAAGUUACGUUCACGCAUUGCUCUUAUCUGUGAGUCUGGUGAUGCUCGUGAGGUUCACCAUGCUUGUAUUCUUCUGGGUUAUGGUGCCGAUGCUGUUUGUCCUUAUUUGGCAAUGGAGGCUAUUGUUAAGCUUCAAAGACAGAAUGCAUUGAAGCCUGGUGUUACUGAAGCAAAAGCUGUCGAAAAUUACAAACACGCCAUGAAUGGUGGAAUCUUGAAGGUUAUGUCUAAGAUGGGUAUCUCCACGCUUCAAUCAUACAAGGGUGCUCAAAUUUUUGAAGCUCUCGGUAUUGAUACUGAAGUUAUUGAAAGAUGUUUCAUGGGUACUGCAUCUCGUAUCCGUGGUGUCACUUUUGAGCAUAUUGCUUUGGACGCUUUGGCUUUUCAUGAACGUGGCUAUCCUAGGAGUGAUUCCAUCGUCGGUUUAGAUAUCCCUGACAUGGGUGAUUACAACUACCGAGACGGCGGUGAAGAGCAUGUUAACCAUCCCAAAGCAGUCGCUUCCCUCCAAGAGGCCGUUCGCAACCAAAAUGAAUCAGCAUAUGCUGAAUUUGCCAAGACUCACUACGAACAAACUAGAAAAUGUACUCUCCGAGGUAUGCUUGACUUUGAUGUCGACCCAUCCCAAUCAAUUCCCAUUGAGCAAGUUGAACCAUGGACAGAAAUUGUUCGUCGUUUCUGCACUGGUGCUAUGUCUUAUGGCUCAAUUAGUAUGGAGUCCCAUUCCACUUUAGCUAUUGCCAUGAACCGUAUCGGUGGUAAAUCUAAUACUGGUGAAGGCGGAGAAGAUCCUGCUCGAAGCCAGCGCUUGACUAACGGUGAUACUAUGCGUUCUGCUAUCAAACAAGUUGCAUCUGGCCGUUUCGGCGUUACUUCGUACUACUUGAGUGACUCUGAUGAGCUUCAAAUUAAGAUGGCUCAAGGUGCUAAACCUGGAGAAGGUGGUGAGCUUCCUGGUAACAAAGUCAGCGAGUCUAUUGCUAAAACUCGUCACUCUACCGCUGGCGUUGGCUUAAUCUCUCCUCCCCCUCACCACGAUAUUUACUCUAUUGAAGAUUUAAAACAACUUGUUUACGAUUUGAAAUGUGCUAACCCACGUGCUCGUGUUUCUGUCAAAUUGGUUUCUGAGGUUGGUGUUGGUAUCGUCGCUUCCGGCGUAGCCAAGGCUAAGGCCGAUCAUAUUGUUAUAUCGGGCCAUGAUGGUGGCACAGGUGCUUCUCGCUGGACUGGUAUUAAGUACGCUGGUUUGCCUUGGGAACUUGGUGUUGCCGAAACACAUCAAACUUUAGUACUAAAUGAUCUUCGUGGCCGAAUCGUUAUCCAAACUGAUGGUCAGAUUAAGACUGGCCGCGAUGUUGCUAUUGCUUGCUUGCUCGGCGCUGAAGAGUGGGGCUUCGCAACCACUCCUCUCAUUGCUUUAGGUUGCAUCAUGAUGCGUAAAUGCCAUCUCAAUACUUGUCCCGUUGGUAUUGCUACUCAAGAUCCUGAAUUACGUAAAAAGUUUGAAGGACAACCCGAACACGUCGUCAACUUCUUUUACUAUGUUGCAGAAGAGCUUCGUGGAAUCAUGGCCAAACUCGGCUUCCGCACCAUUAAUGAAAUGGUAGGCCGCUCUGAUAAGCUUAAGGUUGCUGAGCCCAUUAAUGCCAAAUCCAAAUUGCUAGACUUGUCUCCUUUGUUGACGCCUGCGUUCACUCUCCGACCUGGUGCUGCCACGUGCAAUAUUCGCAAGCAAGAUCAUAGACUUUAUACGAGGUUAGAUAAUAAGUUGAUUGAUGAAGCUGAACCUAGCUUGGAAGAUGGUAUACCCUCUGUCGUGGAAUGCGAAAUAAUUAACACAGAUCGUACUUUGGGUGCAACUCUUUCUAACAGAAUUAGCAAGCGUUAUGGCGAAGAAGGUUUACCAGCGGAUUCUAUAUGUGUGAAAGUCUUUGGCUCUGCUGGUCAGUCUUUUGGUGCUUUCUUGGCUCCGGGUGUUACCUUACAAUUAGAAGGUGAUUGUAACGAUUACGUUGGUAAAGGGUUGUCUGGUGGUCAUCUAAUUAUUUUUCCACCAAAAGCAUCCCCAUUUAAACCAGAGGAAAACGUUAUUGUUGGAAACGUUUGUUUGUACGGUGCCACUUCCGGUCAGGUUUUUAUUUCGGGUGUCGCUGCUGAAAGAUUUGCCGUUCGUAAUUCUGGUGUUGUUACUGUCGUUGAAGGUGUUGGUGAUCAUGGUUGUGAAUAUAUGACCGGUGGUCGUGUUGUCAUCCUUGGUAAUACUGGCCGUAACUUUGCUGCUGGUAUGUCUGGUGGUAUCGCUUACGUCUAUGACAACCAUACGGACUUUUCUAAAAAGGUAAACAUGGAAAUGGUAGAACUUACUACCGUAUCUGAUGCUACUGAAAUUGCCUAUUUGAGGGGCCUCAUUCAAGAUCAUCGUCAUUUAACUGGUUCCCAGGUGGCUGAUCGCAUCUUGAGUGACUUCCCUCGCAACUUGAAUAGGUUUGUUAAGGUUCUACCCAGAGAGUAUAAAGCUGUUCUUGAACGUGAGGCUGCUAAGAAAGAGGAAGCUAAGCGUCGUCAAUACCCCAAGGCUUUUAUGCCCGGUAACCGUAUCCGCCAACAAUUAGAGGAAUCAAAUCGUGAUGCCGCAAUCACAGACGUUGAGGAUACUUUGGGUGCUCCUGUGAAAAAGAGUCCUCCUCUUGACAAGUUACGUGGAUUCAUGAAGUAUCAACGCCGGAGCGAGCAUUACCGUAAUCCACACAAACGUACCAAUGAUUGGAAGGAGCUUUCUGUCCGUCUCAAGGAAGACGAGCUUCGUCUUCAAACCGCUAGAUGCAUGGAUUGUGGUACCCCAUUCUGUCAAUCUGAUUACGGUUGUCCGGUUUCCAACAAGAUUUUUACAUGGAAUGAUUUGGUUUUCAAAAAGCAAUGGAAAGAAGCUUUGGUACAAUUACUUAUGACCAAUAACUUCCCCGAGUUUACUGGCCGAGUUUGCCCUGCUCCAUGUGAGGGUUCUUGUGUUUUGGGUAUCAUCGAAUCUCCUGUAGGUAUUAAGAGUGUCGAGCGUGCCAUUAUUGAUAAAGCUUGGGAAGAAGGCUGGAUUAAGCCUCAGCCUCCUGUAAAUCGUUCAAAUAAGCGUGUCGCGGUAAUCGGCUCAGGCCCUGCCGGUCUUGCAGCCGCUGAUCAGUUGAAUCAUGCCGGUCAUAACGUCGUUAUAUAUGAACGUGCUGAUCGUCCUGGUGGCUUAUUACAAUACGGUAUUCCCAAUAUGAAACUGGACAAGUUUGUGGUGGACCGUCGUAUUCAAUUAAUGGUUGAUGAAGGUGUCGAGAUAAUAACAAACGUGGAGAUUGGUAGUGAAGAUGCAGUAUCUUUGGAUGAAUUACAAAGUACCUAUGACGCUGUAGUACUAGCUACGGGAUCCACCAUUCCUCGUGACCUUGCUAUUCCCAACCGUGACGCCAAGGGUAUUCAUUUUGCGAUGGAAUUCCUUCAUAAGAACACCAAGAGUUUACUAGACAGCAAACUCGAAGAUGGAGGAUACAUUAGCGCCAAGGGCAAGGACGUUAUCGUUAUUGGCGGCGGUGAUACUGGUAAUGAUUGCUUAGGUACGAGUGUUCGCCAUGUCGCUAAAAGCAUCCACAACUUGGAAUUGCUUCCUAUUCCUCCUCGUGAACGCGCAUUUGAUAAUCCAUGGCCUCAAUAUCCUCGUGUUUUCCGUGUUGAUUAUGGACACGCUGAAGUUCAAGCUCAUUAUGGCCAAGACUUCCGUGAAUAUUCAAUUUUGACUAAGAAUUUUGAAAAGGAUGAAGAUGGAAAUGUUAAGGGUAUCCAUACUGUUCGCAUUGAGUGGACAAAAAAUAGCAAGGGUCGCUGGAUUAUGAAGGAAGUCAGGAACUCUGAAGAGUUUUUCCCAGCUGACUUGGUUAUUCUUGCCUUGGGUUUCUUAGGUCCUGAAGAACAGGCUACAGCAAGUAUGAACAUUCGCCGAGAUGCUCGUUCUAAUAUCAGUACCCCCCAUAAGUCUUACCAAACCAGUGUUCCUAAUGUUUACGCCUGCGGUGACUGUCGUCGUGGCCAGAGUUUGGUUGUUUGGGGUAUCCAAGAAGGCCGCCAGUGUGCCAGAGAAAUUGAUCUGCAAUUGUCUAGUAAAUCCUACCUGCCUGCUGACGGUGGUGUUGUUAAGCGUAACAUAGCCAUCUAA